UUUUUUUUUUUUUUUUUGGGUGGUAUAAAAAAAAUUCUGUUGUUUGUACCUACUAUUUAUUAUUAAUUCUUUUUCCCUUUUUUUUUUCUUCUUCUUUUAUUUACUUACAAUAAUAAUCAUGUCUACUACUAAACUCUAUACUUACGAAGAAGUUGCUAAGCACAACAAUAGAUCUGAUCUUUGGAUAAUUAUCGAAGGAAAAGUUUAUGACAUUACAAAAUUCCAAGAUGAGCAUCCUGGUGGUGAGGAAGUUUUACUUGAUGAAGGUGCAAAAGAUGGUACUGGUGCUUUUGAAGAUGUUGGUCAUUCAGAUGAUGCUCGUGAACUUUUAAAGAAAUAUUAUGUUGGUGAUGUUGAUCCUAACUCCAAGCCUAUUAAGGUGGAAAGACCUGUUGAAGUAAUUCCUGAGAGUCCAAAGGGAAAUCCUUUCCGUAUCUUGAUUCCUUUUGUCUUAAUUGCUGCUUAUGUUUAUUAUAACUUUAUUUUAUAAUACCUAUGAUUACGUAAUAAAAAUACAUGUUACUAUAGUAUAGAUGUAAAGAAAAAA